GCAGUGGGUGGUGACCUCUGGUCACGUGAUGGCGCUGACAGUGAACCUGAUUGGUCCGUCUCCAUGGGGGUUUAGAAUAUAUGGAGGAAGAGACUUCAAGAAGGCGAUAACCAUUUCCAAGGUAAUUGCUAAUGACCUUACUGCUAGUCUGUCACACCCUAUCCUCUGUAAAGCAAAACAUGCCAUGCCAACUCAACUUCCUCAGUCUCUGCUGUACUUCUCUGUUCCUCUCAUUGUUUAUCUUCAUUGGCUGCCUUCUACCUGUUUCCUUGACUACUGUAUCCAGUCAGAUUGGAAUGAAAGCUACAUCAGGAGGAAACCAGUUAUUAUAGUUAGGGUUGAGGGGGUGUGGGUGCUGAGUGUUGGACCAAUGUGUGUGUGUCUGUGUGCAUGCAUGUGUGCACGUGUUUUACUAUUCUUGAUAUUCCAAGCUUGUGAGGAGGCAACAAGAAGCAGUAGCUGUAGAAGGAAAGACAUUAGCAUAGAGUUCUCCUCCUCUGUAAACAGAAUCAGGAAAUCCAGGGCAGACUGCCCCCUCCCUGCCACAGCCACUCUGAAACCCAGGGCAGACUGCCCCCUGCCUGCCACAGCCGCUCUGAAACCCAGGGCAGACUGCCCCUGCCUCCCACAGCCACUCAGCCCACUGCACAUCCUGGUUCCUCACUACCACGAAAUGAUCUAUAAUUCCUCAAACCUUUAAUGGUCCAAUCAUUUUUAAACAUACAGUGGGGAGAACAAGUAUUUGAUACACUGCCGAUUUUGCAGGUUUUCCUACUUACAAAGCAUAUCAUAGGUACACUUCAACUGUGAGAGACGGAAUCUAAAACAAAAAUCCAGAAAAUCACAUUGUAUGAUUUUUAAGUAAUUAAUUUGCUUUUUAUUGCAUGACAUAAGUAUUUGAUCAUCUACCAACCAGUAAGAAUUCCGGCUCUCACAGACCUGUUAGUUUUUCUUUAAGAAGCCCUCCUGUUCUCCACUCAUUACCUGUAUUAACUGCACCUGUUUGAACUCGUUACCUGUAUAAAAGACACCUGUCCACACACUCAAACAGCCUCCAACCUCUCCACAAUGGCCAAGACCAGAGAGCUGUGUAAGGACAUCAGGGAUAAAAUUGUAGACCUGCACAAGGCUGGGUUGGGCUUGGUGUGAAGCAGCUUGGUGAGAAGGCAACAACUGUUGGCGCAAUUAUUAGAAAAUGGAAGAAGUUCAAGAUGACGGUCAAUCGCCCUCGGUCUGGGGCUCCAUGCAAGAUCUCACCUCGUGGGGCAUCAAUGAUCAUGAGGAAGUUGAGGGAUCAUCCCAGAACUACACGGCAGGACCUGGUCAAUGAUCUGAAGAGAGCUGGGACCACAGUCUCAAAGAAAACCAUUAAUAACACACUACGCCGUCAUGGAUUAAAAUCCUGCAGUGCACGCAAGGUCCCCCCUGCUCAAGCCAGCGCAUGUCCAGGCCCGUCUGAAGUUUGCCAAUGACCAUCUGGAUGAUCCAGAGGAGAAAUGGGACAAGGUCAUGUGGUCUGAUGAGACAAAAAUAUAGCUUUUUGGUCUAAACUCCACUCGCCGUGUUUGGAGGAAGAAGAAGGAUGAGUACAACCCCAAGAACACCAUCCCAACCGUGAAGCAUGGAGGUGGAAACAUCAUUCUUUGGGGAUGCUUUUCUGCAAAGGGGACAGGACGACUGCACCGUAUUGAGGGGAGGAUGGAUGGGGCCAUGUAUCGCGAGAUCUUGGCCAACAACCUCCUUCCCUCAGUAAGAGCAUUGAAGAUGGGUCGUGGCUGAGUCUUCCAGCAUGACAACGACCCGAAACACACAGCCAGGGCAACUAAGGAGUGGCUCCGUAAGAAGCAUCUCAGGGUCCUGGAGGGGCCUAGCCAGUCUCCAGACCUGAACCCAAUAGAAAAUCUUUGGAGGGAGCUGAAAGUCAGUUUUGCCCAGCGACAGCCCCGAAACCUGAAGGAUCUGGAGAAGGUCUGUAUGGAGGAGUGGGCCAAAAUCCCUGCUGCAGUGUGUGCAAACCUGGUCAAGACCUACAGGAAACGUAUGAUCUCUGUAAUUUUAAACAAAGGUUUCUGUACCAAAUAUUAAGUUCUGCUUUUCCGUCUCUCACAGUUGAAGUGUACCUAUGAUAAAAAUUACAGACCUCUACAUGCUUUGUAAGUAGGAAAACCUGCAAAAUCGGCAGUGUAUCAAAUACUUGUUCUCCCCACUGUAGGAGGGUGCCAAUGCUGCAAGUGGAGCAUAGUGUUUUGGGGGGACUGUUGUUGACUUCAAAGGCAUCAUUUCUUGUCAGCCCAUAAAUGCUGAGAUUGAAAAAUAGCUACUUUCUUGUGAUGACAUUCUUGUGGCAUUCCUUCUCAUUUCCUCCCUCUAGUCUACAAUGUAGUCAACAACACCAGCAUGCAGGGAACACAGGGAAUUGUCUCAACUAUCAAACAGUCACUUAGAAGAAACAGGGACCCAUGCUGAGAGGGAGAACUCAUCAGUGAAAGUGGUUGUAAAACCUACUGGAGAAGCAGCAUUUUCCCCUCUCCCUCCUCCUCUCUAGUUAAGCAGCUAUGGCUUUGGUCCGUCUGAAGUGGUUGCAUCUUGAAACUGAAACAACAUGGUUGGCCCCCCUUUUCCCGUCCUGUUGGCCUGAAUAGAGAGCUUGCCCCUGUUUCUGCCGGGCAUAGACCCCUGAGAAAAGCUGCACCCUUACUUUAUGUGAAUUGAAGCGUGCCCUGAUCAGGAAAGGCAGGCACCAUUGUGGGUCGCCACAGCAACGCUUAAUUGCCACUCGAGUGGCCCCACAGACAUGGCACCUCUGCCCUCUUGCUUUGCAAAAUGGACAAACACCCUGUUGCCUGGCAUUCUCUCUGCAAUCUUCCAUGUUUCUGCUGGAGAUUUAUGAAGGAGGCCUCAUCUCUUCACUGAUUGGGUCUUUGUGUUUUUUAUUUUUGUUUUCCCUAUUUCUGUUUUUAAUUGUGGACCAGCCUUGUCAAUGGCAAAAGUCAGGCUGCUCUCCAUUGUUCACAAGUGCUCAAUACUCCCGAGUUAAUCUCCUCAUUUGGGCAUUUUUGGUUUGUCUGAGUGAGCGUUUGCUGGUGUGUUUUUGUUCUGGGUAAAUCCAUUUGAAUUCAAUCACUUUUUGAUAGCACUCCAUUUUGAUUUGAACAAAUAUUUCCAUGCAUAUAUUUGCCUAUUGUAGAAGUGCUCAGAAAGUGACUUUUUGGACCUGAAUGCCGAAACAUUCAAGAGAUAUAAUUCAAGAGUUGACCUAUUUUUCAUACCCUACCAUACCAUGAGACAUAAACAGUUCACAUUGAUAUCAUUUUGCAAGCUUACAAACAGGGUUGUUAAGCAAUUUUAGAAUUUCUAGAUUUUUUUUUUAGUAAAAUGUAAUUUAAAAAAAAUACUUUUUAAAUGUAAAUGAUCUGAAAACAUGUCAACUUUUUCAUAUGUUGUAUAAUCUGAGGUUUUUGUGUUGUGCCCGCCAUCAGUUGAGACACAACAUGCUCUUGAAUACAGGGUGGGUUUCAUGUUUUUACUACAAUGGGAAUACAAUUUACAUUUAAACUUUCAAAUGGUACUACAAAGAAGGUUGGAGGUCCACACACAUCUAUAAACUAGUGUACCAGUGAGCAUUUCUUGUAGUGGACAACUGUUUGGAGCUGUUACAUAGUCCUUAAUAAUAAUGUGCUUUUUUUCUUCAUGUUUAUAUAAGAUAUAUGAGUUGAAUCAACCUAUGUUUAAACCCUUUCUCGUGCUUGGAGUCUUCACAGAUUUUGCAAAAAUUGUGUGACUUAAAACACUAAAUUUUUUGGAUUAUAUUAUUAUACUUUUCGUUGUUAUCAUAUACUAAGCAUUUAAAAAUUGAAUUACACAUUGACUUUGAUCCUGGGAAAUUACUGAAUAUAUUUUUAUUUUUUUUGCAUAUAAAACCAAAAAACUACUUGAUAAUUUAAUGUUCAAAUGUGGGUGGGGUAAAUGUGGAAUGCCUGGUCAAGUGUACAGCCAACACUUCCUGUCCUUUCAAUGUAGGUCAUCACCUUUCUAACUCCAUUCUAUGAAUCUAUUAAUGAAUUGAUUAAUUGCUGCCCAUACUGUGCCACAUUUCUCAAUUUCUGCAUACAAUUUAGUGUGUAUUGACCUAUUAAUGAACUGCUGUUACUGUAAAUGGUUAGCUGACUGAUAUGACCUUGCUAACCAUGGGUAAUCCUUUUUUUUUCAUCUUUUUUUUUUAUUCUAAGGGGUAGAUCAGCUUAAUAUUGCAGAUAGAUUGUAACUUCCAUCAAUGUAAUUGCCUGCAUCACUUCCAAUCCCCAAUGUUUUUAUAUAUAUCUAUAUAUAUAUAUAUAUAUAUAUAGUGAGGGGAAAAAAGUAUUUGAUCCCCUGCUGAUUUUGUAUGUUUGCCCACAGACAAAGACAUGAUCAGUCUAUAAUUUUAAUGGUAGGUUUAUUUGAACAGUGAGAGACAGAAUAACAACAAACAAAUCCAGAAAAACGCAUGUCAAAAAAUGUUAUAAAUUGAUUUGCAUUUUAAUGAGGGGAAAUAAGUAUUUGACUCCUCUGCAAAAUAUGACUUAGUACCUGGUGGCAAAACCCUUGUUGGCAAUCACAGAGGUCAGACGUUUAUUGUAGUUGGCCACCAGGUUUGCACACAUCUCAGGAGGGAUUUUGUCCCACUCCUCUUUGCAGAUCUUCUCCAAGUCAUUAAGGUUUCGAGGCUGACGUUUGGCAACUCAAACCUUCAGCUCCCUCCACAGAUUUUCUAUGGUAUUAAGGUCUGGAGACUGGCUAGGCCACUCUAGGACCUUAAUAUGCUUCUUCUUGAGCCACUCUUUUGUUGCCUUGGCCGUGUUUUUUGGGUCAUUGUCAUGCUGGAAUACCCUUCCACGACCCAUUUUCAAUGCCCUGGCUGAGGGAAGGAGGUUCUCACCCAAGAUUUGACGGUACAUGGCCCCGUCCAUCGUCCCUUUGAUGCUGUGAAGUUGUCCUGUCUCCUUAGCAGAAAAACAUCCCCAAAACAUAUUGUUUCCACCUCCAUGUUUGAUGGUGGGGAUGCUGUUCUUGGGGUCAUAGGCAGCAUUCCUCCUCCUCCAAACACGGCGAGUUGAGUUGAUGCCAAAGAGCUCCAUUUUGGUCUCAUCUGACCACAACACUUUCACCCAGUUCUUCUCUGAAUCAUUCAGAUGUUCAUUGGCAAACUUCAGACGGGCCUGUAUAUGUGCUUUCUUGAGCAGGGGGAUUUCAGUCCUUCACAGCGUAGUGUCUUACCAAUUGUUUUCUUGGUGACUAUGGUCCCAGCUGCCUUGAUCAUUGACAAGAUCCUCCCGUGUAGUUCUGGGCUGAUUCCUCACCGUUCUCAUGAUCAUUGCAACUCCACGAGGUGAGAUCUUGCAUGGAGCCCCAGGCCGAGGGAGAUUGAGAGGUCUUUUGUGUUUCUUCCAUUUGCAAAUAAUCGCACCAACUGUUGUCACCUUCUCACCAAGCUGCUUGGCGAUGGUCUUGUAGCCCAUUCCAGCCUUGUGUAGGUCUACAAUCUUGUCCCUGACAUCCUUGGAGAGCUCUUUGGUCUUGGCCAUGGUGGAGAGUUUGGAAUCUGAUUGAUUGAUUGCUUCUGUGGACAGGUGUCUUUUAUACAGGUAACAAGCUGAGAUUAGGAGCACUCCCUUUAAGAGUGUGCUCCUAAUCUCAGCUCGUUACCUGUAUAAAAGACACCUGGUAGCCAGAAAUCUUUCUGAUUGAGACGGGGUCAAAUACUUAUUUCCCUUAUUAAAAUGCAAAUCAAUUUAUAACAUUUUUGACAUGCGUUUUUCUGGAUUUCUUUGUUGUUAUUCUGUCUCUCACUGUUCAAAUAAACCUACCAUUAAAAUUAUAGACUGAUCAUUUCUUUGUCAGUGGGCAAACAUACAAAAUCAGCAGGGGAUGAAAUACUUUUUUCCCUCACUGUACGUACAGUGGGGAGAACAAGUAUUUGAUACACUGCUGAUUUUGCAGGUUUUCUUACUUACAAAGCAUGUAGAGGUCUGUAAUUUUUAUCAUAGGUACACUUCAACUGUGAGAGACGGAAUCUAAAACAAAAAUCCAGAAAAUCACAUUGUAUGAUUUUUAAGUAAUUAAUUUGCAUUUUAUUGCAUGACAUAAGUAUUUGAUACAUCAGAAAAGCAGAACUUAAUAUUUGGUACAGAAACCUUUGUUUGCAAUUACAGAGAUCAUACUUUUCCUGUAGGUCUUGACCAGGUUUGCACACACUGCAGCAGGGAUUUUGGCCCACUCCUCCAUACAGACCUUCUCCAGAUCCUUCAGGUUUCGGGGCUGUUGCUGGGCAAUACGGACUUUCAGCUCCCUCCAAAGAUUUUCUAUUGGGUUCAGGUCUGGAGACUGGCUAGGCCACUCCAGGACCUUCUUACGGAGCCACUCCUUAGUUGCCAUGGCUGUGUGUUUCGGGUCGUUGUCAUGCGUGAAGACCCAGCCACGACCCAUCUUCAAUGCUCUUACUGAGGGAAGGAGGUUGUUGGCCAAGAUCUCGCGAUACAUGGCCCCAUCCAUCCUCCCCUCAAUACGGUGCAGUCGUCCUAUCCCCUUUGCAGAAAAGCAUCCCCAAAGAAUGGUGUUUCCACCUCCAUGCUUCAUGGUUGGGAUGGUGUUCUUGGGGUUGUACUCAUCCUUCUUCUUCCUCCAAACACGGCGAGUGGAGUUUAGACCAAAAAGCUCUAUUUUUGUCUCAUCAGACCACAUGACCUUCUCCCAUUCCUCCUCUGGAUCAUCCAGAUGGUCAUUGGCAAACUUCAGACGGGCCUGGACAUGCGCUGGCUUGAGCAGGGGGACCUUGCGUGCGCUGCAGGAUUUUAAUCCAUGACGGCGUAGUGUGUUACUAAUGGUUUUCUUUGAGACUGUGGUCCCAGCUCUCUUCAGGUCAUUGACCAGGUCCUGCCGUGUAGUUCUGGGCUGAUCCCUCACCUUCCUCAUGAUCAUUGAUGCCCCACGAGGUGAGAUCUUGCAUGGAGCCCCAGACCGAGGGUGAUUGACCGUCAUCUUGAACUUCUUCCAUUUUCUAAUAAUUGCGCCAACCGUUGUUGCCUUCUCACCAAGCUGCUUGCCUAUUGUCCUGUAGCCCAUCCCAGCCUUGUGCAGGUCUACUAUUUUAUCCCUGAUGUCCUUACACAGCUCUCUGGUCUUGGCCAUUGUGGAGAGGUUGGAGUCUGUUUGAUUGAGUGUGUGGACAGGUGUAUUUUAUACAGGUAACGAGUGGAGAACAGGAGGGCUUCUUAAAGAAAAACUAACAGGUCUGUGAGAGCCGGAAUUCUUACUGGUUGGUAGGUGAUCAAAUACUUAUGUCAUGCAAUAAAAUGCAAAUUAAUUACUUAAAAAUCAUACAAUGUGAUUUUCUGGAUUUUUAUUUUAGAUUCUGUCUCUCACAGUUGAAGUGUACCUAUGAUAAAAAUUACAGACCUCUACAUGCUUUGUAAGUAGGAAAACCUGCAAAAUCGGCAGUGUAUCAAAUACUUGUUCUCCCCACUGUACAUACAUACAUACAUACAUAUAUAUAUAUCCUUAAAAAAUAUAUAUAUUCCCCUUUAUUACUUUACAACCCCACCACCCUUUCCCUAAUUGGAGUAAACUAGUAAACAACAAUGCUUAGGCCUCUACUUCCAGCUUAUACUUACUAUAUACAUUUUAUGGACACAGUCAAUUUUACAAUAAUUAUAUUUUGUUUGUUUUUUCUCCUUAACUACUUCUACUCUCAACCUCUCCGAUCAUUUUCAUGAUGUCCAUCCGGUUUGCUUAUAUAUAUAUAUAUAUAUAUAUAUAUAUAUAUAUAUAUAUAUAUAUAUAUAUAUAUAUAUAUAUAUAUAUAUAUAUAUAUAUAUAUAUAUAUAUAUAUAUAUAUAACAUGGGGGAUUGGAAGUGAUGCAGACAAUUAAAUUGAUGGAAGUUACAAUCUAUCUGCAAUAUUAAGCUGAUCUACCCCCCCCCCCCCCCCCCCCAAAAAAAAAGAAAAAGAAAUGUGAUGUCUAGUUUACACACACACACACACUGCUUGAAGAGGUUACUGAUUAUAAUGAUUUCAUUAUUGGUUAUUAUUGUCAAUUAUUUUGUUGACAGAACCCAUAUUAUUGUAUUAAAUUAUUAUAGAAAAAUAUAGAAAUGCUGUUUAUCUUUUUCAUUCUUCUGGAAGGUUUAGCAUGAAUGAUAGAACAGUUGACUAAAGCACAAACUGACCUGACUACUAGGCAUGACAAAGAAACAUUCAGUGUCCAUGUUUCAUGUGACAUUUUGAAUGACAUGUAGAUGUUUUGUUGCUGGGAUUUAUGUUCUCAUUGUGCCUAUCUAGACUCUUGUUUAACUACACAUGUGAAGCUGCAGGAAAAUCAUAAUUAAAUGUAUAUCAAACCAUUUGGGAAUUUUGACCCAUAUCUGAAUAUGAAAUAAAUCAGAGUUUACGCGUUUUUAGAUAAUUAUCGUUAAAGGUUACAUUUGUAUUCAAAAAAUUGUUUUGCCGAAAUUAUAAAAUAGUUUGUAAGCCCUGUUUUGUAAGCUUUUAAAUGAUAUCAAACUCAACCGUUUAUCUUUUCCAGUGAUGAAGACAUGGAUUUGUCAUUGCAUGGUGGGGUAUGCGAAAUGGGUCAACUUUGAGCACCUUUAUCUCCUGAAUGUUUUGGCAUUCAUGUCCAAUCAAGAGAUGUUUAAAUCAAGAGAUGCUGUCAAAAAGUUAUUGAAUUCAAAUGGAUUUACCCUUCCAUUGGGCUGGAAUUCCCCCCUAAUGCAGGCAGUAGACCCCAUUUGCCUUGACAUGGGGGAGGCCUGCGUCAAAGGUUAGGCCAGAGUAGUCAACCCCACAGCCCCAGUACUGUCCCACGGAUGACUUUUCCCUCAGGGUGUCAUGAAUCCUCACUGUUGAGGUUUUCCAGGCGCAUGAUGAGCUGUGGUGUCUGAUAUUUAUUGCAACCAAAAUGUAAUACAAUCACCUGCUAGAGCCCUGCAAGUCCUGAUUGACACCUGGAAGGCAAACUGAGGAAAACAACCCAUCUCUUCAGAACAGCCACAAUCUGGCUGGGCCUCAUGUUAUUACAAUCAUAUCUUCAUUGACUUGUCAUCAUGACCAUUCACAUCAGUGUAUCUGUCAGCCCUUGAAAAAUAGUCCAACACUCAUAAGCUAUGCAGCCUUUCGUUCAGGCAUGCUGGUUAUUUACGUUGCUGAUAGCACCAUGUCUGCACCAAGUCCACAGGCAGUAGAGUGAGUCUGACUGCAGCUCUUACCUCUGGCCCACAGGUCAACGGGGGAAGCAAAGCCGAGCUGGCUGCCCUGCAGCCUGGUGAUGUCAUCCUGGAGAUCAAUGGAGAGAACACAGUGGACAUGCUCAAUGUGGAGGCCCAGAACAAGAUCAAAAACUCCAAGACUCAACUGCAGCUGCUGGUGGAGAGGUAGGGUUCACUACAGUGCACAGUCCAGGAGCACAGAUGUAUCCUCAUGUACUGUGUCAAGAUGUUUUCAUUCAUAUCUUGGCGUAGAUUACAUUUUUUGUCAUUUAGUAGACCCUUAUCCAGAGCCUUGCUCAAGUAAAUAUAGACAGAUUUUUCACCUAGUUUGCUUGGGGAUUCGAACCAGCAACCUUUUUGCUACUGGCCCAACAUUCUUAACUGCUAGGCUAGCUGCCUAGAUGUUUUCUAUUCUGUAGAAAAUGCUUACAUUAACAGCUUCGCCAUGGAAACACUCAUCCAAACAUCAGAUGGGGUCACCACAAUGUGGCAUAGAGACCACAUCUGUGCCUUCUGGUCAGUUUAGAUCUGCUGAUUGCUUGUAUUUGUGCCAGUUCCACAGUCGCCACAUCCUCUUUCCACUUGUCUGCUGUUUUAGUUUUUUAAUGUCUUAAGAUGUCCCAGCUCUCUCUCCCUACAAAGGACCAGUGGUUUCAUUCUGGGGGAAUACCAGAAUGUGUCAGAAUUAUGUUGCCAAAAUGUGCUGUCUUCCAUUUUCCAUGUUAAUAAACUUUGUUUGGAAGUUAGCUGAGACCUUGUUAGAGUGGCAGAGAAUUGGCUCUACAUUGGACCUUUUCCUGGGAAGUGAGACCGUUCUUGGCUGGUGUUUUGAUUAUGGGUCCUUUCUCAGUCUCUGUUUUUCUGUCUCUCUCUCUCUCUCUCUCUCGCUCCCCCAUCACUCUCUCUGUGUGUGUGUGUGUGUGUGUGUGUGUGUGUGUGUGUGAGUGAGUGAAUUCUCCCACCAACUUCUAAUUCUCCCACCAACUUCUAUAUAGAUAAACACACACACAGAGAUACAGACAGACAAACUCACACACACUUCCUCUUUGCAUGUCCCGGGUCCAUGUGAGUGGAUUUUUCCCUGCUGACCCCAUGUCUCCUUCCAAGCCAGAAACAACACACACCGUGAGUCCCUAGCUGCCUAGGACAAUGGCACUCUGUAGCGCCGCCAGCCACUUUGCCCCAAGUACCACUGUUUUACUGGCAGAGGCAGACAGGAUGGGCAAGGUGGUGAAGGGUGGUCUGCACUAGCAAGGCCCUACUCUCUUUAGAUGGUAGGCCGUACCAUGUCUCUUUUACCCAUUCUAGUCCAGCACCUCUCUAGCCACCUCCAAUCAACUACAGAAUGUGGCCCUUGUUGAUCCACCUGCAGCAUUAUGCAAUUAAUGUGUUGUCCUUAAAUGGAAGUUUACUCCCAGAAGGCAUCAUUCAAAGCACACACACAUACUGCAGUGUAAUGUCUGAUAAUCUGAAGUAUAAACAGAGAGGACCCUGGGAAAUGGGUUUACAGCCCUGCUGAUCAAAGCAGCUGGAUUACAGUUGGGUUUGCCCAUGGGCAGAGGUUGGCAUCAGCCCACCCUUAGAAUACGAGUGUUGAUUAAGGCGUGCCUGUCUUAAACUGAGGAACUUCUCCAUUGCAGAUGCACUGGCAGGUGCUCAACCCAUCAAACAACCCGUUUGUGCAAUAACCAGACUUGUGCGCUCUUUGCUGUACUUUUUAAUUCCAGUUUGAAAUCUGCAGCUCAGUGGUGAUUUUACUGUGACGCUCUAUAGAAAAACACCAGCAGUAUCUUGUCAUUAAUGCUCGGUCAUUUAGCCUCCAUUGCCCUCAGCUGUCUCUAAUGAAUCCAUUGUUCACUGACCCGGUGUGCAUGAUGUCAUGUCCCUCUGAUCCUAUUGGUCCUUGUAAUGUGAUGUUACUGAGCAACUGCAGAUGGGCAUCGGAAUUGUCUAAAGGCUGUUCUAUAGAGGCAGCCCUAUACAGUCAUGUUUCUUUCAAUUUCUUUGCGCCAAAGUCUCACGUCUGUGGAUAGUGAGAAGGGAGUAGUACAAGUGAGAAGUGGCAUGCCAUGGUCUAUGUGAACAGUGUUCGAAAGGAAUUCAAGAUGUCUAUAAGACAAGACAUUGGUAUGUACUGUAUAUUAGUUUACUGGAUUGUCGCCGUUCCUUUCUAUUAAUAUUCUCUGUUUUCAUUAUUAAUAUGAAGUUCAGAGGGCAGACAAUAGAUUGCAUAGAUUCCUAUCUAACUGAAGAAUGCAUGGCAGCCAAACUCCCAAGUCCCCUACAUGACAAAGAUCAACAUACUGUUCAUUUUUGGAUCAGGGAUGUUGCACAACAAACCCUAAUACAAGUCCCUGUUCCGUGCAGGGAUCAGAUAGAUCUCUAGAGGUGAGACGAUCAUCUUCAGCUCGCCAUAGUUUGAGGACAGCCACUGCUCUCAGCCCAUGCUUAUCCACCCAUCUACUGCUGUACAUGAGGCCUGUGGUAGAGGGCAAAUGUCACAUUACAUAAGGCCCAGCAGUUAAUCUUGGAUGCCUCUCAUUGGCUGAAGGACAUCAGUUAACUUUAUCCUUGUCUCUCUCAACCAGAGGAGUUGAACUGGAUACACACAGCUCAAAUUGAACUUUCUUGUGUUAACUUUUUUGGAAUUCCAAGUGAAAACACAGGCAUUUCCUUACAGGGAACUUAUUUUGAACUCCAAUUAACCAUCCAUUAUGUCCCAUUUUAUCCUGUAAGUGUAAUAUUUUCUGACUGCUGUAGCAUGAGGAGCCUGUUUUCCUAUUUCAGCUGUUCCUCUGGUUGGAUGUGCGCCUGCACAUGUGGAGUAUUCAGAUACAGCCCAGACCCUGUUCCUGCUGUUAGAGGUGUGUUUCUGGGCGAUUUACCACAGGCAUCCAGGGCCUUCCUGUGCGCCUCAUUACCCUGGGCUGAGGCUCAGCUGAGAGGAGAGGCAGGCAGCCCUACAGUGGGGGCGGGGGGGCACUAGUUAUUUACAUUGGCUCGUACAGUCCCUACAUUUUCCCCUCCGAACUCAAUGAUAGAACUGUGUAUAUGUUUUAUUAAUGCGAGCACAUUGAAAGAGCUGGAAAGAUGACUCUGCUAGGAGCAUCAUGUUAAAGAGCUUGAGAAUCGUUUUGAAGAUUCUGUACUACCUGUUGACUGCAGGCAUUUUUAAUCAAAACAACAUACCAGUGGUUGUACUGACAGCACUUUGGCAUAGGGAAACCAAAAUAAGGUGUCUGAUUCGAAUAUCCGCUUUUGAUUUUUUGCAAGUGCGCACUUGCACAUUGGUUUAUACUCACUGUUAGUCUUCAGUUUCACUCUCCGAUCUCUUGUGACAUAUACGCACUUUAGGGCGGUAGUCAGAUUUUCAUACCAACAUACCGUUUCUGUACCAUACCGGGGUAUACGGUAUUACUGGAUGUGCACACAAGGAGCGCUAUUUUUAUUGGCCAGUCUGAGAUAUGGCUUUUUCUUUGCAACUCUGCCUAGAAGGUCAGCAUCCCGGAGUCGCCUCUUCACUUUUGACGUUGAGACUGGUGUUUUGCAUGUACUAUUUAAUGAAGCUGCCAGUUGAGGACCAGUAAUGGACAAAAAAAUUGCUUUUCUUUCGAAAACAAUUACAUUUCUAAGUGACCCCAACAUUUUGAACGGUUGUGUGUAUAGAUAGAUAAGUAGUAUUUUUUUUUACGCACAAAACAAGUUAGGCAACAGGGAUCUUAAUCCAGGAGGGGAUUGAAUGUAUUUUAGUCUGGGUACCAGUCUUUUUAGCUAACAUGCCACUCCAUAUCAUUGCUGAAAGAGACUGGUGUUCAAUAUGCAGCUGUAUUUACGGUGGAUUUGCUCAUUGGUUGUUGGAAAUAACAUUUAAUAUUUUCCAUGACAACAUGUGGAGCCCCAAAUAGAAUUUGAAUUAUAACAAAGUCAAAAACAAACAUUUAGCUGUUGCAAGUUGUUGUAUUUUGAUUCUUAAAAUCAAAGCAAAUAGGUUUUGUGGUUGGAAUUGCAGUAUGUAUUUAGUUUGAGAUUUUAGAUGUGAGCUAGCAACUUUUGACAGACUGGUUUUGUAUAGACAAACAAACAGUUGCUUAGCAAGCAGAUACCAAGGUGUUCUGUGGAGAGAAAAAAGUGAUAAUAUUUGGGUAAUCGUUGUGAUUGGAGGAUAGCUGUGAGGGUUAUUGACUCAGGAUCAACUCCUCUGUUCUCCUCGAGCUCAUUUAAUGAUAGGUUGUUCAUAUUUGAAGAUGUCAGAAAGGCCAGUCUCUUUGGUAAUGACAAGGAGUGGAAUGUUAGCUAGAGAGACUGGUACUCAGGCUAGAAUGUCUCUCCUGUAACCAAUAAGCUUGAUCUUGAGAUCUAGCAAGUUAACAAACCAAAUGCAAAGCUAGAGCCCUGAGCUGGAUAUAAUUUAUUUGACACAUCUUAGAUUUCUUAUAGUUUAUACUUAUAGUUAUAAGCAGUGGCGUAGCACACACCGCCGCGGUGUGUAAAAGUCCAAUACAUGUUUGAUGUAUUGAAAAUCAUACUGUCAGUAUUUUGAAAUACCCCAGUAUACGGUAUAAAUGGUACAUCUCCUAAUACGCACGCAAGCACACACAUGUCCUCCGGCGCUCACAAAAUAUCUGAAUUGAACCUUUGUGUAGAGUGAUGUAUCUAUAACCACAUCAAAUCAGACCAUUCUACUUAACAUGUUGAUUAAUAAUAUGAGACAUUACAUUCGAUGAUGUUAUCAGAGCUUCCAGGCUAUCAUUGUAGGGAAUACUUUGGCAUGGCUCAAGUCAUCUAACAGACCUGAUUUGAAUCAUUAGUGUGAGAAUUACUGUAGUUGACCUUGGUCCAUGUCUUUGAAGUAAAACUAAUGUGGGGGUUUUGGCUUGUAUCCUGUAAUGCAUUGACGUCUGCAAGCUUUCUUACUCAUUAUCCUUUAACAACUAAUAUUAAGCAAUCAUGGUUUUGGGUACUUGUUUAGGGCUUGACAUAGGUGAAUUAUGUGGUACAGAAGGCAGUUUUACUCUACUGGGCCAGUGUUGCACUCUCCUGGGAUGUGGAUACCAUUCUCCUGAUUUAUUACAGGUUAGGUAUGUGUUUGUCCGUGUGUGUGGUCCGUUGAUCUCCAGUGUCUUUUCCUACAGGCCUGAUGCCCCCAGCCCUGAACAGACCAAUGGAACCACCACCCCAGAACAGCUCACUGGACGCUUCCAGGUCAGUCAAUCAUGUUCUCUAUCUCCUUAUGCAGGGGCUUCCAUCUUUGGUCUGCAAGUUCCCUUUAGGACAGCUAUCACCU